GCUGGGCUGCAAGGCCGCGCAGGUUUCACUUCGCUCUGCGCCGCCUCCAGGUCUCGAGCUCAUCCGAACGCUCCGGCCUGUGUCGCCGCCCCUGCCGUCGCCGGGUCCUCGCAAUCGUCCGGCGCGUCCUGCCCACUGCGGCUAACAUCGCCUCGGGCUGAUCGGUUUGCCCCGAUCCCGCCGCACCGCCUCGGCGCCUUCCCCUAGCCCGCACCUUCCAAUGUCUGACUCUGACUCUCGGUCUGAGAAACGCAAGAAAAAAAGACCAAAUGGCGAAGCAACCUUCCGAUGUAAGUUCUGAAUGUGAAAGAGAAGGUGGACAAUUGGAGCCCGCUGCCCGGCCUCCUCAACUCAGGCCUGGGGCCCCUGCCUCUGUGCAGAUAGAGCCGCAAGGUAACCUUGAAGGCGAAGGGGACCGCUGCCCCCACGGCAGCCCUCAGGGCCCGCUGGCCCCGACGGCCAGCCCUGGGCCUUUUGCUACCAGAUCCCCACUCUUCAUCUUUGUGAGAAGAUGCUCCCUGCUGUCACGGUCCUCCAGUGGGUAUUUCUCUUUUGACACAGACAGGAGCCCUGCACCCAUGAGUUGUGACAAAUCAACACAAACGCCGAGUCCUCCGUGCCAGGCCUUGAACCACUAUCUCAGUGCGAUGGCCUCCCUGCGGCAGUCCCAGGCCCUCCCCGCGGACCUGCGCCCGGAGACGUGGAUCGCACAGGAGCUGCGGCGCAUCGGGGAUGAGUUCAACGCAUCCUACCCACGCCGGGUCUUUCUGAAUAACCUCCAUGCCGCGGGGGCCCACCCCCAGGUGGCCAUCCUGCGACUUUUGCGUUACAUCCUCCGUCUGCUGUGGAGGAUGCAGUGACGACAGAUGGGGUCCCCGCAGAGCCCAGACGUGUGCAGACAUUUCGCUUGUUCGGGCCGACGAGCCUUCUGGUGCCAUCGCUAUGCAGCCAGCGGUUCGCCCGCAGGGCCAGCUGACGUUUCCACCACACGAGCUGUGUGCGGACUUGACCUCGUCUGCUCGUCGCCACAUACCGGAGGCCCCGAUGAAGUCACGUGAAUGUAAACGAGAGGAUCCCCCCGAAGUGCACAAACCGCAGUUCUUUGGAGCAGGACUUUGUGCAAGAGCGCUGUUUUCAUGCAGGGCAGUUUGUUUUCGCCUUUUUAAAUAAGAACAGGAUUUUCAGAAAGGAAAUGCAAAUUUUUAACCAACUCAUGAAUGAUUUUUGUACUAAAAUUUUAAGAACCUA